GUGCUUACCUAAAACGUGGUAAAUUAAUUAGGAAUAAAAUGAUUUUUAUCAGCACUUAAAUUUUAAUCAGCUGUUUAAAUUAAUUGAAUAGAAAUUGAUCACAUUAAUCAAAUUGUAUGAUACGAAAUUGCAAGCGAUGUGGAGUUUUUUGGUAUUAGCAGUCGUGGCAACAUGCUUCACGACAAUCGAGUCGAAACUACCCCGGGCGCAUCUGUCAAGGCGCCUGCGCAACACCGUGCGGCCAGAAUACAAGUUACCCAGAAACUUCAGGGCUGCCAACAUCCCUGAGUUGGAAAUACCAAGCAAGGCAUUCUGCGAAUCUCAAGCCAUAAAACCGUCAGACCACUACCUCGUCCUGCCCUGGUGGUACCAGUUCUGCGCGUCCUACAUGGAGAAAGAACUGGGUCCUUACAGAAAAGGGAAAUACUUUAUACCGCUGUACAGACGAGUGCUGGAUCAGGCCCUGCAGUACAAGAAGUUCAAACAGGAACUACAGCAGAAAGUUAAUUCUUUUAAAAUUGAAUAAAUUUCGUUUGCCUUCUUAUU